AUGGAAGCAUUCCUUGCAUCUGGCAAAGCCCCUGUCAAGUCACAAUCCUCCGCCAGUAUGGAUUUGGGAUACGUUCUUGAUUCCACUGAUGAGAGUAGUGAUGAUUCGCAAACACCCCCCUUGGAAAAAUCUAACCAAAAUAAAGGUCAACUGAGGACCAUUGAGGAACAACUUCGAAUCCUGAAAAAACGAAUACAAGUUGCUGAGAUCGAAUUUCAUUCAAAGUGGGAUAACCCCAAAAAGUAUAAUAGCAAACUCUCCGACUUUGUAUGUUUAAAAACCGUCGGAACAGGAUCCUUUGGACGUGUGUGUCUUGCCCAGCAUAAACGAACAAAACGGUACCUUGCAAUCAAGAUACUUCAAAAAGCCAAGAUUGUUAAACUAAAACAAGUGGAGCACACACUGAAUGAAAAGAAAAUUCUCUCCUGUAUUGAUUUUCCCUUUAUUGUAACUCUUAAAUCGUACUUUAAAGACAAUGCAAACCUUUACAUGGCCCUUGAAUUCAUAAACGGCGGCGAAUUGUUCUCCCUUAUUCGAAGAGAAGGAAAAUUCAAGGAGGACACUGCAAGGUUUUAUGGAGCUCAGGUAGUACUUGCACUUGAAUAUCUGCAUUCCAUGGAUAUUGCCUACAGGGAUUUGAAACCAGAAAAUCUCCUUAUCGAUAAAUAUGGAUAUCUAAAGUUAACGGACUUUGGGUUCGCCAAAGUGGUCAAAGGCCGGACAUGGACACUUUGUGGAACCCCCGAAUACCUUGCCCCAGAGAUCAUUCUCAGUAAAGGCUAUAGUCGAGCAGUGGAUUGGUGGGCUGUGGGAGUUCUAAUUUUCGAAAUGAUUGCCGGAUAUCCUCCUUUCUUUGCCGAUCAAGCUCUACAGGUCUAUGAGAAAAUUGUCACAGGAAAAGUAUGUCUGAUACAAGCUCAAAAUUAA